GCUUGGAACACAGGUAGCAGCCAGACGGGAAGUUCUGCCCAGACACGUGGCUGGCCACAAGUUGAUGGGAAACUGCGGCGCAGACAGACCUGGAGGAGCGUUGGCCGCCGCGGAGUGAUCCUGAGGAUGAAGUUGCUCCAGUGGCUGAUACUCCUGUCCCCCUGGGGAGUCGCAGGGGCUGAACUAGGGAAGUUUUGGCAUAUCUCUGACCUGCAUCUGGACCCCAACUACACCAUAUCCAAAGAUCCCCUCCAGGUGUGCCCGUCAGCCGGAUCCCAGCCUGUGCCAAAUGCCGGCCUCUGGGGUGACUACCUCUGCGAUUCGCCUUGGGCCCUUGUCAACUCCUCCGUCUAUGCCAUGAGGGAGAUAGAGCCAAAGCCAGACUUCAUUCUCUGGACAGGGGAUGACACACCGCACGUCCCCAAUGAGAGGCUAGGGGAGGCAGCUGUACUGGCAAUCGUGGACCGCCUGACCAACCUCAUCAGAGAGGUCUUUCCAGAUACCAAAGUCUAUGCUGCUCUGGGAAAUCAUGACUUUCACCCUAAAAACCAGUUCCCAGCAGAGAGCAACAACAUUUACAAUCAGGUGGCGGGAAUGUGGCGGUCCUGGCUUAGCAACGAGUCCUUCGCUCUCUUCAAAGGAGGUGCCUUCUAUUCUGAGAAGUUGCCGGGUCCCGGCAAGGCAGGGCGAGUUGUGGUCCUCAACACCAACCUGUACUACAGCAGCAAUGAGCAGACAGCCGGCAUGGCUGACCCUGGCCAGCAGUUCCGGUGGCUGGGAGAUGUGCUGAGCAAUGCAUCUCGGGACGGGGAGAUGGUGUACAUUAUUGGCCACGUGCCCCCGGGGUUUUUUGAGAAGACACAGGACAAGGCCUGGUUCCGAGAAAGCUUCAACGAGGCUUAUCUGAAGUUGGUCCAGGAGCACCAUCGCGUCAUAGCGGGGCAGUUCUUUGGGCAUCACCAUACCGACAGCUUCCGAAUGUUCUAUGACAACGCAGGCGCCCCCAUAAGCGUCAUGUUUCUCACACCCGGCGUCACCCCGUGGAAGACCACAUUACCCGGAGUGGACAACGGGGCCAACAAUCCAGGCAUCCGUCUUUUUGAGUAUGAUCAAGCUACACUCAACCUGCAGGACACGGUGACCUACUUCUUGAACCUGAGCCAGGCGAAUGCCCAGAAGAUCCCACAUUGGGAGCAGGAAUACCGCCUGACAGAAGCCUACCAGGUGCAGGAUGCCAGCACCAGCUCCAUGCACACGGUACUGACCCGGAUCGCCAGCGAGCCUCACAUCCUGCAACGUUAUUACAUCUAUAACUCAGUCAGCUACGACCAUUCGACCUGCAGUAACAUCUGCCGCACCGAGCAUGUGUGCGCCAUGCAACAGGUGGCGUUUGACACCUACGCUACCUGCUUACAUGGCCUUGGUGCCAAGCUAGUGCCUGGUUUCCUGCUGGUACUGACUCUGCUGCCAAGCCUGCUCGUAUUGGUGGUGCUAUGACUGUAGGCGCUGCCAGCCUACUUACCCUCUUACUGGCUUCAUCUUUCUCCCGGUGAAUUUGGGCAAGUACACCCAAGGGAGAGAUGAACUUUGCCCGCAGUCUCCCCUGUCUGCGGAGAGCAAACUGGGAUGGGACAUUUGGAUUCACCAGAGAGGUUCCAAGGGAGCACGUUUCUUCCAAGUUUCACGUUUUUUUCCCACAAAACAUGCUCGUGGUACACGUCUU